AUUAGAAGAAAAAAAUAAAUCUCUUGAGACUGAACUUUUGUCUCUCCAGUCUUCUUUCCAGCAAAUAGAAAAAGAGUUGCAUGAAUUUAAGAAAACUGAUGAUUCUAAUCUAAAUGAAAUGAUUCAAAACAUGACAGCUCAAUUAAAAGACACUUCUAAAGAAUUGCAAGAUAAAGAAACUGAAUUAUCUCAGGUUAGAUUGAAUUAUUGUAAAUCAUUACAAGAAGUGGACAUUUUGUAUGAAAAGUAUGACUGGUUAAAAUUAAAAUUAAAUAUGUGUGAAGAAGAUUUAAAAGAAGAAAAGAAAAAAAAUACUCAAAAUAUUGAUCAAGAAGAUAAUUUGUUAGAACGGGAUAAUUACCUUAAUGAAGAAGAGGAAAGUGAUCUAGAAGAGGAAUUGCAACUUUCUUCUAAAAGUUGUAAAUCUAAGAGUAGAACUCCAGAAUCAAAGAGUGAUUUAAAAAGAAAAAUCACACCCAAGAAGAAUGUUACCCCAGCAAAAUCACCCCAGCAAAAAGUCAGUAGUGAAAAUGUGUCCCCUUCAAUGAAUUUGAAGACAGAGAAGUUAAAAUGUUCAUAUUUUCCUCCAGUGAAACAUUCUCAGCCUAUAGCUGAAGAAAAGAAAAUGAAUACUUCUAAGAUAAAUACUAGAACAUCAAAGAGAACUCAAAUACAACCUCCUGUGGAGAAACGUACAUAUAACAAAAUAAAAGAUAGCUGUUCAGAUGAUAAAGAAACUAAAGAAAAUAAAUGUCCACAGAAUGAAUGUAGUAAAAGAAGUGAAGCAGUCAGUAAGCAAAAUGCUCAAAAGGAUUCACCUGUAAAUAAAAAACUGAAAACUUUAAAUAAGCUUCCUAUAACAAGAGGAUUGAGUAAAGGACCACCACCAGAGCUUUCUAAGAAACCUCUCUUUCCUCCUCUUAACAAACAAAGUGAACUUAAAGCUACUUGUUCCAAGUCUUCAAACUUGAAGAAGUUGGAUGAGAAACAAUCUGAACUUUCUUCAGAAUCAACAGACGAAGGCAACCAAGAGGAAUGCAAAAUACAAUGAAUUGAUUGAUGAAUUAUUGUUUUUUGUUUUGUUUUGAAUGUGAACAUUAUUCAUUUGUACAGUUCUUUUAAUAUAUUCUUCUGUCAUGUUUAUUUUCAUUUAAAUAGUUCAUUUUAUCGUAAUAUUAGAAAAAAGAAUAAAUAUAAUAUUCAUUCCUAUAUAUACCAAUGAUGAAAAAAUCAUUUCAUUUCUUAUCUAUUUAUUCCAAAGUAACAAUAUAGCAAUUAAACAGUAUUAGUAA